CAGACGUCAUCUUCCCUCGACGGUUGCAAUCGGAAGACCCUUUACCGGGUGAUUUUUGUUGUGGAUUACAUCUUUCCACGUCCUUCAGAAGGAAAAUGUACUACAAAUUCAGCGGAUUCACCCAGAAACUGACGGGUUCUGCUCCCACCGCCGCCUACAGCCCUCAGGGGCUGAGGCCAGGUGUGCCAGCAGAGGCCCCAGCCAUGAUUUUUGCCUCCCCCACCAAACUGGUGUCUGAGGCAGGGACCAUGGCGGAGUACAUUGGACCAAACAGGGUUCCGGACCUUCAGAGACUAUUCCAGACAUCAGACGGUGUCCCCAUUCAUUUGAAGCGGGGCGUCCCUGACAGGCUACUGUACCGCACCACCAUGGCUCUCACCAUCGGAGGGACUCUCUACUGUCUGGUGGCUCUUUACUUCGCAGCCCAGCCCCAAAACAAGUGAUUAACACAAAAGGAUCUUUCUACAACACCUCUGACAUGUCGCAGUUCAUCGACCCAACAUUCCCAGUGUCCAUCUGCCUCGCCGUACAACCUCUUGGGACUGUAAUAAAACAUCAACCUCAAUUAAAACAAUAAUAGUGUCAUUCUCCUUUGUAAAAACAAAUGUCUACGUUAAUAAAUUUGAAAGGGAAACAAAUGUAAAACAUGCUUCUUUUUCCUAUUUAUCUUCAACAUUAUAUCUUUUGUUAUCUGUCACUGAAAUAGCACUCAUGUUGCCAAUAAACAGCAAGAUGCAACAACAUCAUGUAUGAAUCUGUAAGAGCUUCUUUCUAAUGCCACAAUAUAAACGGAGAUGUAAAGAUUUUUCCACACAUCUUGAAAUACGCGUGUGGUUGUGCAGCGAUAAGCAUGUGUGUGCAAGAGAGAGCAAGCAUGAUGGAGUCACCCCAUCUGCAACAUAGCUGCUGCUCAUUUGGCUUGAUGGGAUCUCAUGCAGUAUUUACAUGUGAUGGCUCUGGUGUGAUGUUAGAGGGAGGCUGUUUCAGAUUGACAUGUUGGCAGCCGUGUAUCAAGCUGCUUUAACAAUGAUUGCAUAGCUCUGCAUUUGUACAUGUAUGUUCAUUUUGUAGCAGCUUUAUUUUUAGCAUUAUUUCCAGGCAAAACGUUGCUUAACCGGGCUACAUACUUCCUGCAGAGGAACUGGGUCUUUCAAUAAAAUGUUACCACUAUACACCCAGUGUAGUUUACCUAUGAACAGUGAAAUGAAAUAUAUUUUUUCCAACUUCUAA